UGCUAAUCCCCGUUACUCACGACUCACUAGGCUGGUAGACUGUGUAACCGGCGGAGUUGGAAAAUAACUUGAUGUGAUUUUGGUCAUCUGCGGAACUUUUCAAGGAUUUAUUUCUGGAGUGAAAUAUAACCUAUAAACUUUUGUCAAAUGGAUUCUUUCAGUGAAAUUGUUCUUCUUUUGACUUUUGAUUGGGUCUGAUUUACUGGAACUCAGGAAGUUUUACAGAGUUCCGUUUGUAAUAGAAAACCGACCGGAGGCAUUGAUGGAGACGUUUGAAAACCAGAUAUGACAGGAAAGCUAUCUUCCAUUCAUUUUAUGGAAUAUGCCUAUUUCUUAUGGCGUGAUUCAUCAAAAUUAAUUGUAUUUAAAAGAAGCUGUGUCUGCUUCUUUCACUGACAGAAGAUUGCAUUUGAAGAAAAUUCUGAAUUUGAGAUUUGGCUUGAACUUAAAACUUCACCUCAGAAACUGUCGGACUCCAAAUUGGACACACAAUGACACGCUGUCGGUUCGCCUUCGCAGGGCUGUGGUGGAGCGCUUACUGCAUGUUCCUUAUUGCCGGUAGCAAUUAUUUAUUCGAUGGGAGCAACGACGUACACCAAAGUUUCAUUCACCGGCGGUUACGGACACAUGAAAAGAGAGAAAUGCAGAAGGAAAUUCUGUCUAUUCUUGGACUUCCACACCGACCAAGACCGCAUCUGUCACACGGAAAAUAUAACUCCGCUCCGCUCUUUAUGCUGGAUCUAUACAAUAUCAUAUCGAGCGAGGAGAAGAACGAAGUAGACGGUAUGUUGGACCAACACCAGUCCAUGUUCACAACCCAAGCUCCCCCUUUAGCAUCGCUUCAAGAGAACGGCUUUCUGAACGACGCAGAUAUGGUGAUGAGCUUUGUUAAUUUAGUGGAGCACGACAGUGAGCUCUCUCCUCAGAGACGACAUCACAAGCACUUCAAGUUCAACCUGUCCCAGAUCCCUGAGGGGGAGGUUGUCACAGCGUCAGAGUUCCGUCUCUACAAGGAGUGCGUGAGCCGAGCCUUCCGGAACGAAACGCUGUACCUGAGCGUGUUCCAGGUGAUGAUGGAGCUACCCAACAGGGAGACAGAGCUGUUCCUGCUGGAGUCGAGGCGUCUGUGGCCGGCAGAGGAGGGCUGGCUGGAGUUUGACAUCACAGCCUCCAGCAACCUGUGGGUGAUGAGCCCCACCGACAACCUGGGCCUGCAGAUCAGCAUGGAGACCAGCACUGGGCGGAGCAUCAGUCUGAAGGAGGCGGGGCUAGUGGGGCAUGGCGGCGCGCUGGAGAAGCAGCCCUUCAUGGUCGCUUUCUUUAAGGUCAGUGAAGUCCAUGUCCGGAGCCCCCGCGCCGCCACCCGCCGCAGGCAGCAGAACCGCAACCGCUCCACCCAACCCCAAGAGGGCCCCCGCGGACCCGGGCCUGCAGACUACAACAGCAGUGACCAGAAGACAGCUUGCAGAAGACACGACCUGUAUGUCAGCUUCCGGGAGCUUGGCUGGCAGGAAUGGAUCAUCGCUCCGGAGGGCUACGCUGCAAACUACUGUGAAGGGGAGUGCUCCUUCCCCCUCAACGCUCACAUGAACGCCACCAACCAUGCCAUCGUACAGACUCUGGUCCAUCUCUUGAACCCAGAGAACGUCCCCAAGCCGUGUUGCGCUCCCACCAAGCUGCACGCCAUCUCUGUGCUCUACUUCGACGAUAACUCCAACGUCAUCCUGAAGAAAUACAAGAACAUGGUGGUCCGAGCCUGUGGCUGUCACUGACCCUGGGGACCAGCACUGGACCAGUCAAACCAGUACCAACACACCCUGGAGAUCAGGAUUGGAGCAGUUAGACCAGUUUUAACAUUCUGGAGAUCAGGAUUGGAGCAGUUAGACCAACUUUAACAGACUGUAGACCAGUUAUACAAUGAAGAACAGAUGCUGGACUGAUGUUAGACUAAACUUGGACUAAUGUUCGGUGGAUUGAAACUUUGUCCACCAUCUGCCCGUUUGUUGCAUUGGAGCCUCAACAUCUAGGAUCUGCGUGUAUGUGCGUGUGUGUAUCUGUGUGUAUGUGCGUGUGUGUAUGUGUGUGUGUGUGAGAACUGUCAUCCCUCUCCUGUCCUCAGGCUGAGGGAAGCUGGUGAUCAUCCAGACUGCUGCCCCUCCACCCCUCAUCCUCUCUCCACCCCUCAUCCUCCCUCCACCCCUCAUCCUCCCUCCCUCCACCCCUCAUCCUCCCUCCCUCCACCCCUCCACCUCCUCUCCUCCUGUUAGCCAUGGCUCUCUGCUCUGACUACAGUGUAACUACUCUUCCAACAGAUUUACGGUGUAUACUGAGUAACACAAAACUGAUUUGAACUAAAUUCAAAUGAAAAUGUGUCAGAAAACAUUGCUGCUCAUGGAAAUUCUCCCUUCGUUUCCUCUACUCGUGUAUUAGUUCUGCUCCGGAGCUCUUAGAUGUUUGCCUUCCAAAAAUACAUAUGGACUGGACCAGUAUGCCCACAUACUAUCCUAGGAUUCGUUUCCUCAAAAUAUCACUAGUGUGUCAAUAUUUGUAGGGCCCAGACUGUGGUCAUAUGCACCAAUCUGGUUCAACAUGUCGCAGGUUGUGGUCGAACUGAUGUUUUCCUUCAAAGAGCAAUAGAAAGGACUUUUAUGUCUUUUACUUCCUGCAAACAACCAUUUCUGUGUUGGGGUCUCGUGGCUAUCUCUCUAAACACCACGGAGAGAAGGGCUACGAGUUUGGUUGAAA